GCCGCCCUCCCCUGGGCGGCCCGGGGCCAGCCCGUAGCGGCGGCGGGGCCCGGCCCAGCCCCACGUGAGGCGGCCCCGCCGCCGGGAGUCACGGGGCGGGCCGCUGCCAUGGAGCUGCCUGCCGUCAACCUCAAGGCCAUCAUUCUGGUACACUGGCUUCUCACAAUGUGGGGAUGCAUGAAUCACAUGUUUCCAGCCUCCUAUGCCUGGGGAAAUUUCAGUGUCCUUGCAGUGGGGAUCUGGGCCAUUGCGCAGCGAGAUUCCCUUGAUGCCAUCAUGAUGUUCCUGACUGGCCUGCUGCUCACAGUCCUCACAGACAUCAUUCACGUCUCUGUCUUCUACCCUCCAAACAACUAUCUCACUGAUGUGAAGCGUUUCAGUAUAGGCAUGGCCAUCUUCAGCCUCCUCCUCAAACCCAUGUCCUGCUAUUUGGUGUAUCGAAUGUAUCGGGAGCGUGGAGGAGAGUACACCUUUAACAUAGACCUGGAGUCCUCAUCUGACAGCCAUUUUGCUCACAAUGGUGUCACCUGUGCAGGCCGGGAUCGCAGCACCUAUGAGACAAUUGAUCAGCAGGAUGCCCCUCCACAGUGGCCUGACUCAAGCAAGACAGCCCAGCAGCCAUACUGAGGCCCUCUCUGCAACAGAAAACGGAAGCUUCCCUCGCCCAGUCUAGCCUUCCACUCUUCCCAUGUCUGUUCUGAUGGAGCAAGACCUGCUACUGAGCAAACAGGAGAGGAUCUGAUUUCACAUUUUUUUUGCCUCCCUGAAGGUUAGGCAGAUGGGUUCCUGCAGUAAGUCCAGAAGAUCUUGGAGAUGUCAUGUUAAGCACUGUGACUCUUUGUAAUCCCGGUACGCUCUUUUCCUCCCUCCCCCUAAAUCCCUCCUCUGUAUGUGUGAGUGGAUGCAGCUUCUGCAGUCUUCCAGGUCUUGUAUUGUGCAUUCUCUCUAUUGUAAGUAAGGAAACCACUCAAAAUAUUCCUGAACAAGCUAUCUUUAAAAGGCUUAUGGACUGCCCUUAAACAAUACAAUUUAGCCUGCUUUUAUGCAGAUCCAGAUGUUUCCUGGAGAUGUGAGUUCCUGAGGGCUGGUUUUGAUGGUGUUAUUUAACUAAGAUUUAUGACCAUAACUCCCUAUGCUAGCUGUGGUGGUUUGCACAAAGCUGGGGUUGGUAUAAAAUGUUCUUACUGGGCCAGGGAGCUGCUUGUGCUCCCAGUAUUUAGUCUUGGGUUUUAUUCACUGAUGCUUUUAUGCAAAAUGUCCUUCAUAAAUAAGUCCUUCCCAAAAAAUGGCUGUUGAAUGUAGGUUAUAGAUAUUCUGUGCCUUGAAAUGUCCUUUUGCCUUCAGCUGCCUCUUUUAACAGAACUUGAAAUGUUACAUUUUUCUAAGAAAACUAUAAAAUGAACACAGUUCUUCUGUGUUAGAAAAA